GAAAUACAAUUCUAUGGCGACUUACCUAGAAUUUAUCCAGCAAAAUGAAGAGCGUGAUGGAGUUCGCUUCAGUUGGAAUGUUUGGCCUUCCAGCAGAUUGGAGGCCACCAGAAUGGUUGUUCCAUUGGCUUGUCUUCUAACACCUUUGAAAGAACGGUUAGAUUUACCACCUGUCCAAUAUGAGCCUGUUCUAUGCAGUAGACCAACCUGCAAAACUGUUCUCAAUCCACUCUGUCAAGUUGAUUACAGAGCCAAGCUUUGGGCUUGUAACUUCUGCUUUCAGAGGAACCAGUUUCCUCCAGCAUAUGCAGGCAUAUCUGAAGUAAACCAGCCAGCAGAACUUAUGCCCCAGUUUUCUACAAUCGAAUAUAUAGUCCAGCGUGGGCCUCAGACACCCCUGGUCUUUCUUUAUGUGGUAGACACAUGUUUGGAAGAGGAGGACUUACAAGCUUUGAAAGAAUCCUUGCAAAUGUCUUUAAGUCUGCUCCCUCCUGAUGCUCUUGUGGGAUUGAUUACCUUCGGUCGAAUGGUUCAAGUUCAUGAAUUGAGCUGUGAAGGGAUCUCCAAAAGUUACGUUUUUAGAGGAACUAAAGAUCUGUCAGCGAAACAAAUACAGGAUAUGUUGGGUCUUUCAAGGCCUGCCAUCCCUACUCAGCAAGGGAGACCACCUCAAUCCCAAGAAUCACCUCACCUUUCUAGCAGAUUUUUACAGCCUAUUCACAAAAUUGAUAUGAACAUGACAGAUCUUCUUGGAGAACUACAAAGAGAUCCUUGGCCAGUUACUCAAGGAAAGAGACCCUUGCGAUCCACUGGAGUAGCUUUGUCAGUUGCUGUUGGACUACUUGAGGGAUCAUUUCCAAAUACUGGGGCUAGAAUAAUGUUGUUUACUGGAGGGCCACCAACUCAAGGGCCAGGCAUGGUGGUAGGAGAUGAGCUGAAAACUCCGAUUCGUUCGUGGCAUGAUAUAGAUAAAGACAAUGCACGAUUCAUGAAGAAAGCUAUGAAACAUUAUGAGGCAUUGUCUAAUCGUGCUGCUGCUAAUGGACACUGCAUUGAUAUUUAUGCAUGUGCUCUUGAUCAGACUGGUCUUCUGGAGAUAAAGUGUUGUACAAAUAUAACUGGGGGUUAUAUGGUGAUGGGAGAUUCGUUUAAUACUUCUCUCUUCAAGCAAAGUUUCCAGAGAUUGUUUAGCAAAAAUCUCAGUGGAGAAUUCCGAAUGGCUUUUGGAGCAACUCUAGAAGUGAAAACUUGUAGAGAACUGAAGAUAUCUGGAGCUAUUGGACCAUGUGUAUCCUUAAAUGCCAAAGGGCCAAGUGUUUCUGAAAAUGAACUCGGAAUAGGUGGCACAUAUCAGUGGAAAAUUUGUGGACUUGACCCCACCAUGACUCUUGCCAUUUAUUUUGAAGUAGUAAAUCAGCACAACACUCCAAUACCUCAGGGUGGAAGAGGAGCCAUCCAGUUUGUUACACAUUAUCAGCACUCCAGUACCCAGAGGCGCAUUCGUGUGACUACUGUUGCUAGAAAUUGGGCAGAUGCACAGAGUCAGUUGCAGCACAUUGAAGCUGCAUUUGACCAAGAAGCAGCUGCUGUCCUGAUGGCUCGAUUGGGUGUCUACAGAGCUGAAUCAGAGGAAGGGCCUGAUGUCUUGCGAUGGCUGGAUAGGCAACUAAUUAGACUUUGUCAGAAGUUUGGACAAUACAGCAAAGAUGAUCCAAAUUCAUUUAGGUUGUCUGAUUCAUUCUCCUUGUACCCCCAGUUCAUGUUCCAUUUGCGACGAUCUCCAUUCCUUCAAGUAUUCAAUAACAGUCCAGAUGAAUCUUCCUAUUACCGUCAUCACUUUGCCAGGCAGGAUUUGACCCAGUCUCUUAUUAUGAUUCAGCCUAUACUUUAUUCUUACUCAUUCUAUGGACCACCUGAGCCUGUACUAUUGGAUAGCAGCAGCAUUCUUGCUGAUAGGAUUCUGCUGAUGGAUACUUUUUUCCAGAUUGUUAUCUAUCUUGGUGAGGCACGGUUUCUCCUAUCUAAAGUGAAUCCUUCUCAGACUCAUAAUAAUCUAUACGCAUGGGGACAAGAAUCUGGUGCUCCAAUACUAACGGAUGAUGUUAGUCUACAAGUAUUCAUGGACCAUCUAAAAAAGCUGGCUGUAUCAAGUGCAUCCUAAUUUUGAUACUAAAGUCUCAAAAAUCAAUAAUCUUAUUGAAUCAUGCUGCUAAUAGAUUACAGACUGCCAAGAAACUAAUAACAUUCCUUUCCUUUUUUUAAUCAGAAUUUUAAUUAACCCAUAUAAAAACUGGAAAUUUACAUUUUAGAUUUAAUUUAUUGAUAUACUUAUCUUUAUU